CAAGGUAAUUUUUGUUUUAAAAUUAAUUUAUUUUAUCAGGUAAAAUACUAAUUCUUACUUAGGUAUAUUAAAUUUGCUAAAAUUACCUCGAAAUUCUGGGUUAACCCAUUGGUAUAAUUAUAAUAUAUAAUUAAAUUAUUAUACCUAUUUAAUAGGUAAAAAGCGAAGAGUAUAUUUAAUAAUCUUUGGUAUGUGUUAACAUUAAUUGUGUUUAUGCUCUGAUAGUAAAAAAAUAUUUAAAAAUAACGAUCAUGGCCGGCUAUUCAUGGACGAAAGAGAAUAUUCUUGAGUUAAUAAGAUUAGUGAAAGUUAAUCCAGUGCUCUAUGCAAAAAAGGAAAAGGGUUACAAAGAUCAACAGAGAAAAAACCAAACCUGGGAAUCGCUAGGGCUGUGCGUUCACCCUCCCUGUUCCGGUAUUGAGGCAUCAAAAAGGUUUAAAAAUUUGAGGGACACCUUUUGUCGAGAAAGAAAGAAGCUUGUUACCUCAGAACCACGAUCCGGAGCGGGAGCUGAUGAAGCCUACUACGUAACAGACUGGGAGUGGUAUGUCGAGCUCCAGUUCUUGAGCGAGCACAUCUCCGGUCGAACAACAACUAGCAAUAUGUCUCGAAAACAAGUUUCGACGCCUUUGCUGGAACAACCGGUGACUGUUGAAAUGCCAGGCAGUGCCCUUUUGAAAGCGGACGCACUAUCUCCUGUGGCCCUUCGAAAGCCGGGGGAAUCAACACAAUCUCCAUCUGUGGCCCUGGGCGAUUCAUCACAAUCACCUUCAGCGGGAACUGCAGACGGCGAUUGGGCAAGUGGAAGUACAGAAAAUGAGGACUCCAGUCAGUCUUCGUUUAGCGAUACUUCUAUUUUAUCGACUCCCCAAAGUUCAACGCCAAUAUGCAUCCGAGGAAAGGCUGCUAAGCGACUUUUGAGUUCUCGUGCUCCCCCUGCUGAUCUUCCUAAAAAGGCAAGAAAGGUGGAUGACCUCUCGCUAAAUCUAGCCAAGUUGACUGCCUCAGCAGAAGCAGUGGCCCAGUCCAUAGCUGCAAGUUCUUCGCCUGCAUCUUCAGAUGGCGAUGUGGCAGGAAUGAUUAAGUUUGCCCUAAGCAAUGUAGAAAAAAAACAUAAAUUAUCGUGUAUGAUUGACAUGCUUAAAGUGGCGCAAAUUUAUCAAAAUGGACAAAUUCCAAAAAUUACUCCUGAUUUGUAA